AUGUAUCGCGCCGCGCUCCGCACGUCCACCUCCAGCAUCGCCCGGGCAGCUCGCCAACCGGCUCUUGCCGGGGCUGCGAGGCGCAUGCUCACGACCGCUCCUGCAAGUGGCAAGUCCACCUGGAAGGGUUCGUUUGCGCGAUGGGGCGUUGCCAUCGGCGCCCUUUACUGGUACAACACCAGCCCCAUAUUCGCCGAUGAGGCUACCAACCAAAUCAUUUCUGCAGCGCCUGAAGUCCCCGAAACCGAGAUCCGGAGCAUUGAUGCUGUCCUCGAAGAGAAGCGCAGACAAGAGGCCGAAAAGGCGGAGAAGCUGGCGAGAGAAUUGAAGAAGAGCGAACCGGUCACAGAAGAUGGCGCUGCGGCUCCUUCUGAUGCCGGCGAGAUUGUCGGCUCCCAGUCACCCGAAGCCCUGGAGGAAGAGGCUGGCCAGCAGGGUGCCUUUAACCCGGAGACGGGCGAAAUCAACUGGGACUGCCCGUGCCUCGGUGGCAUGGCUCACGGGCCGUGUGGAGAGGAUUUCAAGGCGGCUUUCAGCUGCUUUGUGUACUCGGAGCAAGAACCUAAGGGCAUGGACUGCAUUGACAAGUUCCAGCACAUGCAGGACUGCUUCAGACAACACCCCGAUAUCUACGGCGCAGAGAUAGCAGAUGAUAAGCAGGAGGUUGAUGCGCAGACACCGGUGCCUGCUGAAGAAGGCGCUGUGGCCGCUAUCGAGACGAGCGAGCCGGUGCCUGCGGUCGCGAGUAACACAACACCGGCGGCACCAGCGACCCCGACGGCCACCGAGAAGGUGAAGAGCGCGGCACCGGCAGAAGCAGCAGCAGAAAAAGCGCCAGAGACUCCUGCUGUCGUGGCGACAGUGCCGGAGACUGUCAAGCCCAGCGCCAGCAAGCCGGUCCAGAGUGCCUCCCCGGCAGCAUCAAAGGCAGCGCCAAAGAAGGUCGCACAGAAAAAGCCAGAGGAUACCUUUGUUGAAGACCCUCAUGUUCCACAGGCUGCAUUUGAUGCGACAGCGGCCAACAAAUAG